CUUCUCUCUGAAAUACUCAAACAUCUGCCUCGAGUCUACAGAAGAGUCGGAAAUCAUUGUGAAAUACCAGCUGCGCCCUACAAGCAGUCACUAUCGCCGUUGGACUGUGAAAUCUUCGAAUCCCAGCAUCCCCAUCCUUCAUCAAAAGCCUAAUCGAGACUCCAGAAUCAUCAACUCAUCUCCGAUUCAAAAGUCUUUCUGUCAACAUGUCAUUCGGCGGAUUUUUCGGGGGCGGAGGCUCUAAAAAGGGAGGCGAGCAAGAAACAAAUGCAUCAACCGUCACCGGCAUAUCAUCGUCUCCAUUCGAGUCCUCGUCGUCGCCCAGCGCAGUUAGACAAAAGAUCCAAUCUGCCAUUGUUCUCCAAGGCAACGUCGAGAAUGCAAAACUUUUGAUUCAGAAGGUCAACGAGAAUUGCUUCGAGCACUGUAUAUCCAACCCCGGCCCAAGUCUGACCUCCAAAGAUCAGACCUGCUUGAGCGCUUGCAUGGAAAAGUACAUUGACGCCUGGAACCUGACGAGCCGGACGUACCAAUCGCGCCUUCACCAGGACGCUCUCGGCGCCGGUCUUGGUGGCAGUGGCACGGCCGCAUCAGCCACUGGCAAGGAGCUGUUUUAGAUCAAUUCGAAAUCUGGAUGGAUCCCCAAAGAGGUUGAUAUUUACUGGCGGCAGUGCACCUGUUCGAGGUUGCAGCUUGAUUCUCAGCCAAAGUCUUGCCGCCAUUCGCUGGGUUUACCACUGAUGUCACUUUCCCCAGGUGGUUUACCGGGAUCAAGAGACCGACUUGAUGACUCAAUGUCUUCCACACACACAUAGCCUAGCCUAGUAGCCUCGCACGGUCUCAAGGGCGGACUGAAGUUGGAAUUCCAUAAGAGCCAUCCGGACAGUCCUUGCUUGGACCAAAAGCUCAUCAUGUAUUUAUACUUAUAGCUCACUCUUGAGCUCAGAGGACGGGAUUCUACUCUGUACAAUAAUUCAAAACAGUAGUAUAGUUCUCCAUUAGAACACCUAGUGAGGCCUAUCUGGCGACCUGGAAGGCAAUACGUCGAGAGGUUGAGUUCAAGUUUCGCAAGCUCUCAAUUGUGCCAAAAAUAAC